AUGUACCCAGUAAUUCAUUUCCUAUGUUACAGCAAAAUUGUAUCCAGGAUAACUUGUUAGUGAGAAUAAUGUGUAAAAUGCCAAUGGUUGUACAAACUCUCCGGUCUGUUAUGUGAUUCCAGAAUGUUAGAUUAAGAUCAUUUUCCUCAGAAAGAGUAUCCCUUUAAAAUGCUGAAAUGUGCAGCAGACAAUGUGAAUAAUAAUUGAAAAAAUAGAGUGUCACCCAUUGACCUCUAAAGGCAUUAGCAUUUGGAAAUGCUGUUAAAUGUUGGUCCAGUAUGACGGAGGUGGAAGAAGAAGGCAGAGCAUACCUUUCUAGGUUGAGGGAUGAUUCCAAACAGAGACGGUUAACAUUUGAGAGACAUUGGCCUUCCAAUAAAUCAUACAUCUCUAUUGAAGAGCUGAUUCGGGAAGGUUUCUACUGCAUGGGCCGAGGAGAUGAUAGUGUCCAGUGUACAUACUGUCGAGGUAUCAUCAGGAACUGGCAGCAGGGGGAUGAUGUCUACCUUGAGCAUUGUAGACUAUUCCCACAAUGUCCAUUCGUAAAAUCAGUGUUCAAAUAUCCUCAGUAUUGUGACUUUGAGGUAAGAGUGGCAUCGUUUACUGACUGGCCUUCCCAACUAAGACAACAACCUCGUCAAAUGUCUAAAGCUGGAUUUUUUUAUCUUGGUAUAGGUGACAAGGUGCAGUGUUAUUGGUGUGGAACAGUGCUGAAGGACUGGGAGCCCUACGAUGACCCAGUAUUGGAGCACAUUCGCUGGUCAAGCACCUGUAGCUGGAUGCUAAUUAUAAAAGGAGAAAACUUCAUUCAGGAAAUCAUCUCAUCCCAGUCAACAGAAACACCAACUAUAACACAGCCAGUAGAGGAUGAUCCACUUGAACGUGCAAGACGGAUGGGCUAUGAACCUGACAAAAUACAGAAAGCUGUUGACAAAUUAGGAUCACAUUUUGACCUGCAGAAGUUGCUAGAGACAAUAAUGGACCUUGAAAGUAUUCCAGUCAUUGUUACACAAGAACCACCUGGACCAGAUAUUAGUCCACCAGAACAUGUAGGAGUUGCUUCCCCAUCCCUGGUGUCCAAUGCUACUGUACAAGGGUCUUCUGCUCAGGCUGUUAUCCCCAAAGACAAUUCAAUGGAGGAAUUAAAAUUGCAUUCCUUGACAAAGGAGAACUUGUCCCUGAAACUGCGAUCCCGGUGUAAGAUUUGUAUGGAAGAAGAUGUAUGUGCUGUGUUCCUGCCUUGUGGCCAUUUGGUCUGUUGCUUCUCAUGUGCAUCUCUUCUACAUGAAUGCCCAAUCUGUCGUGGUGUAAUUGAAGACAAAGUACGGAUUUAUUGGUAGUUGUCUACAUAUAAUGUAGUAUAGUCAUGUCUCUUAUAUAUUAUACUCACAAUGUGGAAAUGAUAUAUGGAUCAGGUGCAUAAAUAUAGGUGUAACUGUUUGUUGCAAGGAUGGUUCCAAAAAAACUCAAAUUAUUGCGAAAAUCUAAAGUUUUCUGUACAUACAUGUAAUGACAUGUGAAAAUAAGUAUCAUGUAUUUCCAGACACCGUAGAUUGUUAUUAGGAGUAAUAAAUCUGACCACAUGAAGUAUCAAGGCACUUUAGAUGGAUCAAGUUAUGAAAACAAAUUUUAUAGGAUUAUCGACGUAAGAUAUAACUUAAAAAAACCCAUUCACAGUUUUGUUGGCAUCCGUUUAUAAUGACUUGCUGACUUGAUUUAUUUUGAAUUUUAGAUAAAACUUUGAUAAACAAUGUCAUUAUAUUUGAUAAGUUAAAUUACGGUAUAUAGUUCAAAAGUUAAGGUCACUGUGACUAUUUGUAGCAAAUCAUCAAUUAUUUGAUCACAUCACUCUUGCAUCAUUAUAUAGUCAAGGAUUUUGAUCAGGCACUAAUAUGAGAAUACCUGAGUUUGCACUACUAUGUAUAGCAAUGUGUCUUAAGUGGAUAUCCAUAGAAAUAUACAUGGAAAAAGGAGUACACACAUUUUCCACUUCUUUUUUUAGGUGUCCCAUAAACAAUACACAUGUAAGGUACUUGAUUGAUGUAUUUCAAAAUUAUUACAAAGAUUUAGAUCUAAGUUGUGGAAACAAGGUAAAUAAUCAUUUAUAAGAAUCCUAGACUCUGAUUUAUUUUUUGAUGCUACUUAGCUACAAAAGACGUUAAAUCUAUACAUUUGUCUAUUUCACCUUAAUAUGCUUAUUCCCAUUGAGAUAAAAACCAGUUAAAGUGAAAUAUCAAAUAUUUCUUGAAAUCCAUCUGUCUUAUUCAUUGCAGUUUUUAAGCCUGUGUUCAUAUAGACAACGCAGAAUGCUGGAUAAUUAUUUUGUUUAUGUCUAACAUAUGUUUGUAUGUAGUAUAUUUGGAUAUAUUGCUUUGAAGUCAGAUAUGAUAUAUUUUAUCCUAUGUGACAAAAAUAUUAAUGUUGUUGAUUGAGAAAUACAUAUAAAACACACCCUCACACACACACUCACACACCCUCACACACACACACACACACACACACACACACACACACACACACACACACACACACACACACACACACACACACACACACACAUACACACACACACACACACACACAUAUAUAUUUACAACGUAUAUGAAAUAAAGGUGUUCUUAUUUUUGAGGUCUGAAAGACAGAAAGUUUAAGCUUACCAUAUUUGAUAUCUGGAUGGUUGAUACUCAAAAAUAGAAUAUAUAUUAACAUAUAUUGUGUUUUUAGAUAGUCAUUUGGAUUAUCGGAACAUAUACUGUCAAAAAGGCUAGCAAAUAUAGAAUAACUUAUUAAAACAGCAACAAUUAUUAUUGCUGUAUAGUCUUUGCUUGUAGAGACUGUGAUUUCUAAAUAUUUGUUUGUGCCAUGUUUUAGAGGUGAGAGAAAAGAUUGAAUUAGUGUGCACAUGUUGAUAUUUAAGUGUUCUUGUGUGGUGAAGGAUUUCUGUAUCUUGCCUUAAUAUCUAUACAUGAUAAGAUAUUGAUAGACUGCUUCGGUAGUAAAUAAUUACUAUGUAGUUGUGCAAUAUUUAUGUGGUUCUCUACCACAUCAAAAGGUGCAUUUAUUGUUCACAGUAAUGAUUUUACUUUGUGAUCAAAAUAAUCAUGUAAUUUUUUUUAUCGCGGUCUGAAAUCAUUUGUUCUGAAAAUUGUUUUCUUGAAUGCUUUUUAUAAUGUCAAGAAAAAGUGUUUUGAUCUCUCAUUGGAUGUGGGUGGUAUGAAAUGUUAUAGAUAAGCUGAUUUUAUGAUUUGCAGUUUUUGGUGAUUUCACUGCAUUAUGAAGAUGAAAUUUAUUCUGAAUAAUGUAAUUGGACAAUGUUUCCGGCUUAUUUUAAACAAUCGGAUACCUAAGAUAAACAGGAUAUUGUAUCAUAAAGACACUUUUUUAAUUGAUUCGUGAAAAUAUCUGUUAUUGAUCAACAGUUAAGAAUAAUGUCUCCUUUCUGUUUCAAAAAUAAAAAUCUGUGACGCCCGUUACAGUGCAUACACAAUGUAAUACAAUAACUUGUUUGAGUUUUAUCAGUUCAUAUAGCUGAACAAAACUGAUAGGAGACAUAUUGCUGAACAUAGCUGGUAGGAGGCAUAUUGCUGAACAUAGCUGGUAGGAGGCAUAUUGCUAAACAUAGCUGGUAGGAGGUAUUUUGCUGAACAUAGCUGGUAGGAGGUAUUUUGCUGAACAUAGCUGGUAGGAGGCAUAUUGCUGAACAUAACUGGUAGGAGGCAUAUUGCUGAACAUGGCAGGUAGGGGGCAUAUUGCUCAACGUAUCUUGUAGAGGGCAUAUUGUUACACAUUGCUGGUAGGGGGCAUAUUGUUCAAGGUGGCUGGUAGGAAGCAUAUUGUUCCACAUAACUUGUAGAGAGCACAUUGUUCCAAAUGAUUUGUCGGACAGUGCGUUAGCAGACAGAAUAUGCCUACCAUCAGGUGAUUUGAAGGACAGAAUAUUUCCACUCUCUAGUGAGUAUGCAGACAGAAUGUUUCCACUCUCUAGUGAGUUUGCAGACAGAAUAUUCUUACUUUCUCGUGAGCUGGUAGACAGAAUAUGCCAACCAUAUUCCCACUCUCUAGUGAGUUGGCAGACAGAAUAUUCCCACCAUCAAGUGAUUUGGCAAACAGAAUAUUCCCACUCUCUAGUUAGUUGGCAGACAGAAUAUUGCCACUCUCUAGUGAGUUUGCAGACAGAAUAUUCCUACUCUCUAGUGAGUUGGCAGACAGAAUAUUUCCACUCUCUAGUGAGUUGGCAGACAGAAUAUUUCCACUCUCUGGUGAGUUUGCUGACAGAAUAUUCCCACUCUCUAGUGAGUUGGCAGACAGAAUAUUUCCACUCUCUAGUGAGUUUGCUGACAGAAUAUUCCCACUCUCUAGUGAGUUUGAUGACAGAAUAUUCCCACUCUCUUGUGAGUUUGCAGACAGAAUAUGUCCACUCUAGUGAGUUUGCAAACAGAACAUGCCCACUAGCAAGUGAUUUGGCAGACACAAUAUCAAAUGAUUUAGAGGAAAGAGGGCUCCCACUAGCUUGUGAUUUUCAUAUAUAGUAUGUGAUUAAGAGUUUAAUUUGUCUAAUCGUCUAGUAUUUGGCAACUUACCUAUCCCUUCUGUGUUUAGAUACCCCAAUUUUGCCCCAAAACAGGAGAAAAUUUAGUUAUCCAUGUACAAUUAAGACGACCGAUUUUAUUUAUUCUACACAAUUUAAUCUUUUUGGAAAGUUGUCAUACUUAUCAGCUGGGGAUUAAUAGGAGUGACAUUUUGAUUGAAGUAAAUUGAGUUUCUACAGAGAAAGAAAAUUAAUAAGGCAUCCCCUAGUAAGAAACUUAAGUGACUGGAUAUUCUUAUGGGAAUAUAUUCGUUUGGAUACAGUUUUUAAAUUAAAUUAUUGAAAUGACUAUAUAUUUCAUUGAAACUGCAUGCAUUUCAUACUCACAUGUAAGUAUAAUGUUCGUUGUAUUUUUGUAACGUACGAUAUUAGAUUUCAGUAAAGUGUUUGACUGAUGUGUAAGAAUUUAAAUCCAGCAGAGAAAGCCAUUUAAGCCCGUAGUUAUUGUGGGUUGUAAUAAACACACCAGAGACCAAACUGAUUCCUAACAACAACUGAAAUCAAACCAUAAUGUGCCAUAUAUUGUUACAAAAAUGUUUGUGUAUUGUCUAUAAUAUAAUUGUUAAACUAUUGUUGUCAAAUAGCAGUUUUCUAUGUUAUUUACAGAUGGGAUUUAGUUGUGUUCGAAAUCAGUGUUUUUAUUUAAUGGUCACAAGAUCUUAUGUUGGUAAUACAGAUCAUGUUACGUUUGAAUUACAUAAACAUACAGGUGGAGUGUUACUAUUGGUAUAAGGUAGCUGAGUUACAACACAUUUGGGACCACUGAUUAUGAUGUUUAGCUGAAUUUCUGUUGUUUUUUCCUCUUUAGUCAAAGAAAUUACUAUGAGGAAGUCAACAUGAAAUUUCGUUACAUAAAAAAUCCACAACAGGUACGUUCUUUCUGCUUCUUGCAUUGCAAAGGAAAAACGUUUAGACAUUCGUGUACGGUUUUAUUAAAAAACAUACACUUCAUGAAAAGUUUUGAAGAUAUCCUGCUCUGAGAAAGAAAUCGAAUAUAAAUUAUAUUCAUAUUGAAAACUUUCAAAUUGCACCUGUGUGUCAGUUAUUUCUUGAUGGCAACUAACUACAUAUAUAUUAUAAUUGUAUGGGAAUUAUCCUUGUGUAUAAAAAAAAGUGUUCGCUCCUCUUAAAAUCAAGUGUCAACCUUAUGUAUUUUCUUUUAUUCAGUUAAAUACAUGUUGUACCAUGUGCUUCUUGCCAUUUCGUCGGCAAUGAAUUAUAUACAACUUGUACGGUUAUAACUUAAUAUAAUUUGACAGUAAUGUGUAUUAUGAUGAGUUUUGUAGUACAAGUAUAUACAAACUAUUCCUGGUAUUGUUCAAUAUAAUUGGUAAAGGUAUGUAUGUAAUGCAUUUGUUUAAAUUCAACAAUAUUCGUUUAAGAAUACCUUAAAAUUCACUUUUCGCGACAUUUAUAACAUAUUUGAGAAAAACUUUCACCACGAUAUUUGUAGAGCAACUGUGUCCUUUUGUACCUUGUAAUCCGUACUUUUGAUUUGUUUGAUUGAACCAAUGGAAUUGUUGAUGACGCAUCUUAAUAAAUAAGGUAUGUCAAUGUUUUUUUUUCGUAUAGGUGGUUAUAGAAAUCACGGUGUGAAAUUAGCAUUUAACAGUAUUUUAACUCACUGAUGAUAUAACAGAAUCGCAUUCACGUAGAAUAAGUUUUCGACAUUAAUGGGGAUUAGGUAUGUGAGUUCACUAUUCUCAAUAAAAGUAUACUUAUUAGAUUAUUGAAUUAAAGUUGUCUUUAGAUCAUCCCAAUAAAUCUGCAUUUAAACUUAGGUGUACGAUCGUUUACAUCAAGUCUUGUUUAGGAUAUAUGAAGAAAUCACUUAAGUUUAUAUAUCGAUACACGUAUGUUUCUUUUAUAACAUAUAAUUAUCUAAUGAUGAUUAGAUUUGUAUCCCGUCAUAGCUAAAGAUACAAUGCAGUUGCUUCUCUGAUAUUUGGGCGAGCACACAUGUUUCAUACAUUCACGAAGGGGGUCGUCAAAUUAAAUAUUGUUUAUCACAGUA